AUGGCGUCCGGGAAGCACUUCAAGUACAUCGUCCUCGGCGGCGGCGUCUCCGGGGGGUACGCGGCGCGGGAGUUCGCCAAACAGGGGGUGCAGCCGGGGGAGCUCGCCAUCAUCUCCAAGGAGGCAGUGGCUCCUUACGAGCGCCCUGCCCUCAGCAAGGCAUACCUGUUCCCUCAGAGUCCUGCAAGAUUGCCAGGAUUCCAUGUGUGCGUGGGAAGUGGAGGCGAGAGGCUCCUGCCUGAAUGGUACUCAGAGAAAGGCAUCGAGCUUAUCCUGAGCACUGAAAUUGUCAAAGCUGAUCUUCCUUCCAAGACUCUGACUAGUGCAGCUGGAGCAACCUUUACAUACGAGAUCUUGCUAAUUGCUACUGGCUCCUCAGUCAUUAAGCUCUCUGAUUUUGGCACUCAAGGAGCUGAUUCUAACAACAUUCUGUACCUGAGGGAAAUUGACGACGCAGACAACCUGUAUGCAGCUAUCCAAGCAAAGAAGGGUGGGAAGGCAGUGGUGGUUGGUGGAGGUUACAUUGGCCUUGAACUAAGCGCAGUAUUGAAGAUGAACGAUCUUGAUGUGACUAUGGUGUUCCCUGAACCUUGGUGCAUGCCUCGUCUCUUCACCGCCGAGAUUGCAGCUUUCUACGAGAGUUAUUAUACUAACAAAGGAGUCAAGAUCUUGAAGGGUACAAUUGCUGUUGGUUUUGAUGCUGACGCUAAUGGUGAUGUAUGUACAGCUCCCAAAUCUGAAUUCAGCUCUGCUGUUCUCAUCGCGGUUAAGCUAAAGGACGGCAGUGUGCUCGAAGCUGAUAUUGUUGUCGUCGGUGUUGGGGGCAGACCGUUGACUACUCUCUUCAAAGGCCAAGUUGCCGAGGAGAAAGGUGGAAUCAAGACCGAUGCUUUUUUCGAAACAAGUGUCCCCGGAGUGUAUGCCGUCGGCGACGUGGCCACCUUCCCGAUGAAGAUCUACAACGACGAGAGGAGAGUGGAGCAUGUCGACCAUUCCAGGAAGUCCGCGGAGCAGGCUGUGAAGGCAAUCAAGGGGAAAGAGGCGGGUUCCGCCGUGGAGGAGUACGACUACCUGCCCUACUUCUACUCGCGGUCGUUCGACCUGUCGUGGCAGUUCUACGGGGACAAUGUCGGCGACGCCAUCCUGUUCGGCGAUGCCGACCCCGGCUCGGCCAAGCCCAAGUUCGGGUCGUACUGGGUUAAGGACGGCAAGUGCGUGGGCGCGUUCCUGGAGGGCGGGUCGCCAGACGAGAACGCCGCCAUCGCCAAGCUCGCGAGGGCCCAGCUGCCCGCCGCCAGCCCCGACGAGCUCAAGGCCGCCGGCCUCCAGUUCGCCAGCAAGAUCUGA